AUGCCCACCGAAGUUGGCCUACUUGCAAACUUGCGCGAGCUCUAUUUUUUUGGCAACAGCAUUUCUGGGCCCUUGCCCUCUGAGAUUGGACUGGCAAGCCAGCUUCGUGAAAUUAGGCUCUCCAACACCAAUAUGCAAGGAACGCUCCCAGAAGAGCUCUACACUGGACUCAACAAUAAUCUACGACGGCUGCACUUGAACGAAUGCAACUUCUCUGGGAAAAUCGGCUCAUCACUUGGUCUUUUGACAAAUCUUGUGCGGCUAAACCUGGCAAACAACCACUACCAUGGCACCAUUCCGAAUGAAAUCGAGACACUGACGGGCCUGAAGCAACUUCUGGUGAAUGGGAACAAUCUGUCUGGAACUGUUCCGGUAUCUGUCUGCCAAAACUUUGCAUAUCUUGAACAUGACAAGCUCGCUGAAGUUUCAUUGGUGGCUGACUGUCUGCCCAACACAGCAACCGGAGUUCCUGACAUCCAGUGUGCUUCUGAUGGCUGCACCAGUUGUUGCGAUGAGACAGGGGUUUGCCUCGCCAACUGA